UUAUUAUUUAAUUUUUUUACUUUUUAAUGAUACAGCACAAUUUUAUAAUUGAUGGCAAAUUAUAUCACGGACCCCCUGGCUAUGGUUCGCUGACCCCUAGGGUUCUGGGGACCCCACUUUGAGAACCCCUGGUAUAAACGGUAGAACAGCUUUCACUAGAUGUCAGUAUUGCUCUACAGUUCCACCUCCAAUACCAGGGACAUGAGUCCUGGUUUAACUGAAAACAUUUUACUGUCAAAAUCACCUUCCUUUUUCUUUUUCAAUUCUUACAUAAAUGUUUGUAAGAAAUGCUAAACGUGUCACCAGUUACCAGUGUCACAGAACUAUAUAGUUUAUAGAUCAAUAUAGAAUAAGGCUCAAUAAGCCAAUGUUUCCUUGUCGGUAUAUCAUUUCCUCUUGGCGCGCGCACACACACACACAAAAGAAACAAAUCUGAGUACUGAGAAACACUUCAUCAUUAGAGCAGCGUAGAGAAGCACGAUGUCUCGUCUCCUGGCUCUGGUAGCUCUGGUGUCCCUGGUCCUUCCAGUCACUAUUUCAGCAGGAUGUACGCAGACUGUUGCAGAGGGGACUGAUAAAUACGAGCUAUUCCUGCUUGAGGAAACGGCUCCAGUCACGUUUGAAAUAGAAUGGAAACACAAUUCACAACUUGUAUUCAAAAGAAAAUCCAAAAAAAUCAAUCCAGGCAAGCCGGAGGACAUCACCGAAAGAGGAGCUCUGGUGCUCAGACAGCUGGCAGCCAAACAUGUAGGAACGUACGUGGGAGAGGUGUGGGGGAACGAGGGGGAAAGUGUGAAAAAGCAGGAGAUUGAUCUGUGUGUGAAAGCCAGAGUCCCCAAACCUACUGUGACGUUUGAUUGUCCCACAAAGGACACAGUCACCAUCAGCUGCAACCUGAAGCAGUCAGACGUGACCUUCACAUGGACAAAAAACAAAGUUAUCAUGAAGGGGGAAAAGACAUCGACUCUGGUAAUGAAAAUAAAAGAUCUGAAAAGGGACGACACGUUUAGCUGCACCGUCGAUGACACGUACAGCAACGAGACUAGCGACAGCGUCAAGUCUACCUGUGAAGGUAUCCAAGGUGGCAGCGAGGUGGCAGCUGGAACUCUGCUUGGGUUUCCUUUCUGGGUGACGGUGAGCGUCCUGGCCGUCGGCGGAGGAUUCGUCCUGCUGCUCAUCGUCAUCACUGUUGUCUGCUGCUACCGCAACCACUGCAAGAGCCAUGAGGACGAGGAGGCUGAAUUCAGGCUGGCUCCUCUGACCCAGCCCCAGCCCCAGCCCCAGCCCCGCCACAAGGACCCAGCACACAAACAAAAAUCCCCCAUGGACGCCACGCGGCCCCUGCCCAGUACGGGAGCACCUCGGCAGGCCUCAGCUCAACCCAGGGCCCAGGCCCGGGGGCGGCCUGCUCCGCCCCCGCAGGACGAAGACGAGGAUUGCCCCCCGCCGCUGCCCCAGCCCCGGAGAUCUGGCCCCCGACCACCCUACCACGGAGCAGUUCCACCCCACCACUGACUACCUCCACCCCUCAACUGACCACCUCCACCCCUCCACAGAACACCUCCAUGCGCGAGAGGAACUGUAAACUGGCCUAUCGUCGUUGUCUUUUCCUCCAUGAGGACAGCAGGGAGGAGAGGAGACAGGCUAAGAUCAGGAGACCCACUUCUGCUGGUCACUGAUGAGGAGCAGAGGGAGACUGAAAGUAUUUAGAUGAGAAGCACAGAGGUCGGGCAGCACCUCUGGUAGCCGCAGACUUCAGACUACUUCAGACUAGAGUUGUCAUCUGAGCCUGUUUUAGAAAUGAGUUGUUUGCUUUGAUUGAAAGUAUUUUAACUAUUGCUCUGCUGACAGUAGGUGAUAUUUAAAUGUGUUUUUACACUUUGAUCAGUGUUCUGGACCCUCCGAAAGCUUGUUGAGGAUGUGGGAGAAAGAAACAAGUUAAUUUCCUUUAACGCCUUUUCAAGUAACGCUCCAUGGUUGUUGUUUAGCACAAGAUUCAAUAAAAAGAUACUCAGUCA